AUGCAGAUUAAGUUCCAAGUCCACAACGCAACCAAUGGAUCCAUCAUCGAUCAAGGCAGCUUCAGCGACGCUUACAACAACGAAUAUCUCAACUGGACAGAUACGUCCAACAACGGCCCGGAGUACUUGUACCGCCACUACGAGGGACUCAACACCGAAGGCAAAUGGAUCUUAUUCUGGACCGUGUACUGGGAUAACUGUACCUAUGAUGACUACGCGAGAGAAAGAAGCCUGUCUGGCCAUGUGGAGAGCUUGCCGCUUAUUUUUACUACCAAGAAGGCUGCGCAGGAUGUCAAUCUUGUUGAUGCCACAAAUGACCAGAGUUGCCCUGGGGAUCAGGGGAUGGCUUUCAACAUCACGGGCACUAAGAGGAUUACGGGAGGUGACUACGGCCGUGGUGAGCAGUGUGCAGUCUUGGACAAUUCAACCGUGACCCCGACUCCUUGCCAGGUCAAGAUUGACGCUGCAAGCGCGACAAGUAUGGCGGUGGCCUUGACGGCAAGUCUCUGCUCUGAUCAGUACCAGAUGCUGGUUGAGGCUGGACGAUUUCCGACACCACAAGUUAGUUGCCCUGUAGAUGAGAGUGCCGCCCAGCAACUCCUCGUCGGGGGUCUAGCAUGCCUAAUGGCUGCGAUAGGGGCUCUGGGCUAUCUCCUCUUGUAA